UGAGACGGGUAGAGGAUCUUUAUCGCUGCGCAUUUGGAAACACGCGCUUGGGCACUUGGUAUGCGCUUUUUCAAUCGCUGUAGUCUACAAAUAGUCUAUCAAUUUUUUUUGUUUCACAUUUCGAUUGUUGUAUAGUUCAUUUCUAUUAUCGACUUUUUUUUAAAGCAGCAUUUCGGGCAACCAUGAGUAAAUCAGUAAAAUUAAAAAUAAAUAAUUUGUUUCAUAAAACAAAGUCACUGGAUAAAGAAAACAAGGACGGGGAAAAGCACACAUUUAAAGAUGCAACUUCAUAUGGAGAUGGAGAGCUUGCGAGCCCAGGCCCGAGUUUACCUUCGAGUCCCGGACUUGUCAGCCCCGUCAGCCCCCUGGAUGGGCCGCUGCAUAGGAGUCCAGCAAGUGAGAAGAAAAAGAAGAAGAAGCGGUUCUUGUCCUUGCAGCUCAAGAAGAAAGGCUCAACGGAGGAAGGGCGCAUCAACGACCCACUGUUCUAUAACGGUGCAGACGAGCUCCACAGCUUCACCAGUAACAUGAGUUUUGACCAACCGAGCGUGAAAACAGAAUACAGCACCACGACUGACAGGGAUGCUACCUCCAUGAUCAGCUAUGACAUGUCAGCCUUCAACAGCCUCAGUCCCAACAAGUCCAGAAAUAAGAGCUCAGACAGAGUGUUGAACCGCAUCGGCAAUUUUUUUUCCAUAAAGAAGAAGAAGAGCCGGAGCGGUUCACUCUCAGCAGACUCAGAGGAUGGAUCCUGGCUUGGUUCUGGCUCUCCCGUCUCCCCCCAGUCCCCUGGUUCUCCUGUCUCCCCCCAGUCCCCUGGUUCUCCCGUCUCCCCCCAGUCCCCUGGUUCUCCUCUCUCCCCCCACCAACCUCCACAGGAAGACUGGCAAAGGACCCCCACCACCACCCGGAGACAGGGGGAGGUAGUGGAAGCCGGAGCUAGGCCAGUGCAGGGAAGUUUGUCAGAGCUCCAGGAGAAGGGAUCGGUGUUCAGUACCAGCUCCAGCCCUGGUACCUCCAGCCUAGCCUCUCUGGUGGUGGUGGACAGAGGGGACCUUUUGUUUGCAGGCAGCGACAGCAGCGAUCGUGGCAGCGUGAGGGAGGUGCAGGUGUGCAGGGCGAGCAGGGCCGAGGCAGAGGCAGACGGAGAGGCAGACAGGAAUUCUUGGAAUCUGACUCCAACGAACUCGUCCUCCUCCGGAGCAGACCAAGUCCCAGGGCUCAGCCCCACUGAGGACGUAGUGGGAGAGGCGAGCAGGAGGCUGCAGGUACAUCUGGAACAAACCACUGUGAAAGACAGAGAGGGGUCUGGAGGGGGCAGCCCAGUGGUCCAAAACACCCUCAGGUCAUUUGAGCUCUCACAAUCUCACCUUAAGGCUGACUUCACCUCUCUGGUCACAGAGUCUAAAAAGACCUCCCUGAAAACAUCUGUUGGAGGGAAGGGGAGUUACCUGAUGGGAGUGACUGUAGGCUCUCAGUCACACACCCCGUCCUCCUCAGAUCCCCAGCUAGAGGGGGAGGAGGGGGAGGACAGCCCAGCCAUGGGGAAGAAAAACAGGAGGAGGGCUCUGAAAUCCACCAGCAGCAGCUCGCCUGAAACAGCUCCCCCAGCACAGACCACGUUACAUGGGGGAGAGGAGGGGACGACGCAGGACUCACCAGUGAAGCUACACAAAGCCUUGUGGGUGGAAACACACCUGGGAGAAGAGGAGGGGGAGAGGAAUGGGAAGAGGAAGAGUGUAAAUUCGCAUUCAGUCCUGACCAUACCUAUGACUGUGGCCCCUGUGGAGUACCCUGAUACUGCAGGUGUCCUGGCCACUCUAACUCCUUCAGCAGUAUCAGCAGCAGAGGCCAGUGGCAGAGAGCCAAAGCCAAAGCUGGCUGUAUCUACAGCGCCAGCCUCCAAGGAGUCCAAAACAACAAACAAAGCCCAGCCAGAGGCGAACAGUCCAGGCACAGACUCAGAGAGCAGCACCCCUCUAGAGUACCAGAUGGCCCUGAGCAAAGAGGAAAAGCGCAGGAGUGUGAAACUGUCCCGCAGUGAGAAGAUUUUCCCAAAGAAGGUGUAUGUGAGCCCUGAGCCCAGUUCUGACGGGGACGAACAGACAAAAACAGAGCUAGAAAAUAAUGACAUCGCAGACUUGGCUUCAAAGAUUCCUCAGAAGUCAGAGGUGAAACUCUCGCCAAGCCCCCAAAAAGUGUAUGUAGACCUCAAGGAACCAAACAAUGACUGUAUCAUCACUGCUGGGGAGAUAACCAUGGGUACAGACUCUGAUCAAAGACACCAUGACCCCAUGGCUGUAGACAGUUCCCCAACGUCCCCAACCCCAGAGAUGAAUGAGGCCUCUCCAACCACAACUAUGCCAGGACGUAAAACACAGCCCAACACAGGAGGUUCAAGGGUUAGAUGUCAGGGGAUGACCCAGGUCACCCCGUCUAAACCAGGUGACAAAGUAGGCAAUGUAGCCAGUCGGUCAAAGUGCCCCCCUCCUCCGGUUGGGCCCAAGUCCAAAGCUGUCCUGGGCAUGGCUAAGGGAAAGGGUCUGAAAGAUGGUGGAAAGGCAGGGAUUUCUAGUGGGGCUCCAUCACAAAGGACACCUAAAGAUGGCAGUGAGAAAACAAAGGUUAUGUCACCUACGUUAAAGGAUCAACCCACCGCAGGAAAAACAGAGGUCACCGACAGCCCCAAGUCGAAAAUUCCCAAAAAGUCACAGACAGAAGCUGUAUCAAAACCUCCACUGUCACCAGGCACAACCUCAGUGGUUGAUGUUUCAGUGGCUGUGUCUCUACCUGUGCUUGGUUCCAAACCCCAGAAGACCCCUAAACCUAAACAUUUAAUGAUUAAAACAGACAAAAAGCCUAUCACCGAGGAGGUGAAUGAAGUGGGUUCAGGGGGGAAACCAACUCCAGGGCCUGUUACGUCAGAAGAGGAAUCACCUACUAAAGUACCAGUCAUGUCACCUGUGAACUCAGAUAAGGUAAACCUAUCCAAUGGGAUGGAAAAAGACCCUGAGGACAACAACACUGACCUAGCCAAAACAAGUGAACCCAAAGAUGUCAAAAAGCAGGCUCCCACACGCCCAGACAGCACCAGCAGCAGCAUGAUACCAAAGAGCCGGUUACCCAAAGCCCCUGACAACUCUUUGUCUUUGGUCAGAAAGAUGAAAGACGGCAAACUCCAAACCAUCGACACAGGGAGUAAAACUACCAAGACCACUGAGAGAGCAUCAGUUGUCAAUAGUAGGCCUUCCACACCAACCAGCCCAAAGCAGCAGGAGCUUCCCAGCCCAGAGGAAAUGCCCCCAGAUGAGACAAUGACCACUGAACCUGAGAAGGGAAGCAAGUUGCCCUGCCCUUUGCAAACAAACCUGCCCCAACAGGCCUCCAAUAAGAGCACCCCCCGUGAUGACGGGGACACACCCACCCCUCCCUCACUGUUACCAACCAAGCCAGAGAAACCCGCCUCCCUUGGACUUAAGAAGAAGAGUAACAUCACAUCUCCCACCAUGGACAUGACUGCUGAUGAUUCUGGGAAGGCUUCACCACUGAGUUUGAAAAGUCCAGUGAAAGAUCCAAGUGAUUCUGUGACUGUGGCUAGCAAGCGUGCAAUGUUCCGUCAGGUAACUCCCCCUAAAGGCAAGCCCCUCAAGAAAUAUGAGCAAACUAUGAACUCUGAAACACAAUCUAAAUCUAUACACGAUCAUGUGUCACUGGUCACAGAUAACUCUCAAAUAGAUGAUCAACAAACCACACCAGCAACACACCAGCAACUGUUUGUAAAUGAUCAAACAGAUGAAUCAGCAGUCACUGGAACAAAGAAAUCACUAGAGGACAGGAGCAGUAGUAGUACACCUGAAACAAAAAUUGAUAAAAUAUCUGAAAAUGGACAAAAAAAAUCUAUAUCAGUCAAAACUACCUGUAUUACAAAGGAACAACAAACCAAACCAUACCCAGAUCUCUCAUCCGAGACAGAGAGUGACCACAACUAUGUGGAAGCCUUAACCAAUACACCACUGCAGCAGAUGGGUCCUGUAAGCCCAGGUGUAGUCCUGGAGAAACGCCCAACUGAACCAAGCCUCAUUGUGUCUGCCUCAAGCACACCUACCCAUGAGGAAGUAAUAUAUACAUCAACCAAGCCUGAAUUGACUGACCACAUUCAUACUGACACUGAGAACCAAGCUAAUCAGAAAAGUGAUGAGUACAAUGAAAAUACUUCUCCAGCUUCAGAGAAGCUCAUACUUAGUGCUGGGGAAGGGAUAUCCAAUACGAAUCAGCCUGUGGAACAUGGCCUGGAUGUAGCAAAGGAUAGCUCACCCAAAAACGCCUCCACUGUGGUUGAAAGAAGAGAGAGUCAAGAUACAGCAACACAGUCACCCAUCUUUGGAUCAGAGGAAAAAUCUAAGAAACUAGCUAAUGCUCAAACCCCCGAUAUAGUACCUAUUCGUAAUGGCAUAGUUUCUGAUAUAUCCAUAGUGUCUGGGAAAGAGACUGAAGUACAGAAGGGGGGAGAGCCAGUGAAGGUCUCCGACAUCAUAACAGAGCCUGCGAUUGUUCUGAAACCAAUUAAAAAUGGUGAGGUCCAACUGAACAAAGAGCUUCCUUCACUGACACAGAAUUUGGCAGAUGCACAUAGCGGGCCACACAAAGAAAACAAAGAGGACAAACUGGGUGAGGCGGCAACUAAGAGCACAGUUACUAAGAUGGAUGCAAAACAGGAAUCAAAGACCACAACUACAAAAGAUCAGAAGGAGAAAGUGACAAAACAAGAAGAAAGACCCAGCGAAGGAGUGACUAAGAUAUUAGACACAAAACAGGACUCAAAAUCCAUAAGAACAAAAGCUCAGGAGAAGAAGGUCUUGCUCCUCAAAGAACCCCCUAAAAUGACAAAAGCAAACCCCAAGGCUGAGCUGCCUCUUCAGCUGCCAACUUCUCUGAAGCUCCCCUCUCCCCCUAAACCUCUCCCUCUGAAACAGGAAUCUCCGUCCAGCUGGCUGAACGUGGAGCGCGGCUCAAAACAGGAGCAGAAGAGGGAGACCAAGAGAAGGCUGGACUGUUCAACCAGCGAGGAUGAGAGUCUGGCUGAGAUUGACAACGUGGAUGACUUCAUCAGGAGCAUUAAGGAACUGGGCACCCCCUUUCCCCUCCCCCCCAAGAGGCACCACGACCAUGCCAAGACCUCCUCGCCCCCCUUUGCCCUGCCCGCCAUCAAGGAGGACCGCUUCGAGAACCCUUUUGACGCUGAUGGCUUCCAGUUUGGCCUGAAAAAGAGGACCAAGGAUGAAGAAACCCCGGCCAUGUUGAUAAAGAAACAGGCCAGGGAGGAGAAGACACAGCCAAGAAGGGCUAAUGCAGAGGACAGCCUUCUCUUCAAAGCCCUCCAGUCUCCAUCUAGAGCCCGGAGAAAACCAGGGUGUCAAACAGAUGGGAAAGAUGGAGAGGUGAACAUUAAAGUAGAGGGGAAGAGGGAAGUAGAGAAGAAAGAGGAGCAAGGGGAAGAAACCGGUCAGCUCACGUCACGGCUAGAAAGGAUGUCCCUACUCUCCAACCUAUUGAGCUCCCCCAGGACUUCCAGAAGGAACAAAGGGGAUCCUUCCUCCUCAGUCUCUAAUGGUGCUCCUCCCUCUCCUACCACCCAGGGCACAGUGCCAGAAAGGGCGGGUUGGAGAAGUAUGAAUCCGGGCCUGAGUAUGGGUGUGGUUGCAACUGGUGAGUCAAUAAUCAGUCCUUCCUCACCUCCUCCUCUCCCCUUGUUCACUGAGCUAAAGCUGCCAGAUCCCCUGGAGCAGUAUCUCAGGACAGACAAAGGAUCCUCACAGAGUAGUGCUACACAGAGUACAAUGGCUAGCCCUGUAAUGGGCUUAGGUCACGGUACUGGACUAAAGGGACUUACCUUAGGACUUCAUCCAGCCACCAACCACAUCCCACAGGCCCCUCUGAAUGGUCUUCCUGCAGCCAACCCCAAGAUUCCAGAAGUGAGAGGGUUCCACAAACGGCCUGGGAAGAUAGUGCUCCAUGAGCGGGCUCAGUUUGAAGGAGAGGCCUACGAGGUGUUUGGGGACGUAGAGGAUGCCUCCAUGAUGAAGCUGUCUCCUGUCAUCUCAGUCAGGGUCAUCAGGGGAUGCUGGCUGCUGUAUGAGAAGCCAAGGUUCCAGGGGCGGACCAUCGCCCUGGAGGAGGGGCCCAUGGAGCUGGUCAACGUGUGGGCAGAGGAGGUGACACCAGGGGCACUGGAUCACAUGGGUCUGCCUGUGCCAACCUCACCCAUGGUCAUCGGAUCUAUCCGCCUGGCAGUGAGGGACUACAGUCUACCUCGGAUUGACCUGUUCACUGAAGUGAAUGGUCUGGGGAGAAUGACAUCCUUCUGCGACGACACUAUUGAGAUCUGCUCUUAUGGGAACAUACAGAACACCGGCUCCAUCAAGGUCCACUCUGGAGUCUGGCUGGUGUAUGGUGACCCAGGGUUUGGGGGUCUCUUAUCGGUGUUGGAGGUGGGCGAGUACCCCUGUCCAGAGGCCUGGGCAUUCCCUCAGCCCUUCAUCGGAUCGCUGAAAACACUCAAAAUGGGUGGGAUAAAGGUGGAGCAUCCUAAUGAAGUAAAGGCUCUGGUGUACGAGAGGCCGUGCUUCGAGGGCGAGUGUGUGGAGAUUGACGAUGAUGUGUACGACUUCAGAGAGGGAGGAGAGGACAAAGAGGGGCGGGUGGAGGAGGUGGUGGAGGAGGAGGCAGAAGGUAAUCCAGUCAGAAGGAAGACUUUGUGUUCUGUGGGAUCCAUCAAGAUCAUUCGUGGACUCUGGGUUGGCUAUGAUGAACCAGAGUUUGAAGGUCACCAGUAUCUCCUGGAGGAGGGGGAGUAUCCUGACUGGAGGGAGUGGGGAGGCUACGGAGACCAGCUCCUGUCACUUCGCCCUGUACGCACUGAUGUCCUGUCUCCCCAUGUGAAGUUGUUCAGUGAGAGGGACUUUGGGGAGAGAGGGGUCAACAUGGACCUGCUAGGGCCUGUCAUUAACAUGGAGGACACAGGCUUCGGCUCGAAGACACAGUCCAUCAAUGUCCAGGGUGGAGUGUGGGUUGCCUUUGAGAACCCUGGGUUCUCCGGAGAACUUUACAUUCUAGAGAAAGGCCUCUACGGAAGCCCAGAGGACUGGGGAGGACCGAACCUCAAGAUAUCCUCGCUGCAGCCAGUCUUCCAGGAUAACCUGGGUGGAUCAAGCAAGUUCAGGCUCCAGCUGUUCUCAAAGCCUGGGUUCCAGGGCAGAGUGGUGGUACUGGAGGACAGUGUGGUAGCCCUGGAGGAAGACUUCUUCCCUGGCUCCUGUAGAGUACUGGCUGGGAGCUGGGUGGCGUAUGAAGGAUCCCAGUUCACAGAGCACAUGUAUGUCCUGGAGGAGGGAGACUACCCCAAUACCAAGUCCAUGGGCUGUCUGGGUCCUGACUCUACCAUCCGCUCCAUACAGACCAUCAGCCAUGAGUUCUCCCUCCCGUCCAUAACGUUGUUCAGUAAGGUUGGCUGUAGAGGCCGUAGGGUGGUGUUGACGGAAGGGGUGGUGAACCUGCAGCUGGCUGGGGUGGACGGACGCAUUCGCUCCCUGGUUAUCGACGGAGGAAUGUGGGUGCUGUAUGAGGGGUGUCAUCACCGCGGCCGUCAGAUCCUGCUACCGCCCAGCAAACUGGGUGAUUGGUGCAAGUUCAGCAGCUGGCCGCGAAUCGGAUCCCUGCGACCACUAUUGCAGAAGCAGGUGUACUUCCGUCUGCGAAGCAGGGAGACGGGCUACGUGAUGUCCCUGUCAGGGCCUCUGGAUGACAUCAAGCUGUUGCGGGUCCAGGCCCUGGAGGAGACUGGGGGAGUGGACCAGGUCUGGCUCUUCCAUGACGGAGUCCUACGCUGCAAGCUGGUGGAGGACUGUUGCCUGCAGAUCACUGGGAGCGUUGUCAUGGCGGGCAGCAGGCUGAGUGUGUCUCCUCCGGAGCCAGGGAAAGACAACCAGCUGUGGAACAUUACCCCAGACGGCCUGGUCCGAUGCCACCUCAAACCUGAUCUGGUGCUUGAGGUUAAAGGUGGACAAAGUUAUGACAAAACUCAAGUGAUUCUCAACACAUUUGAUGAGAGAAAACACAACCAAAGAUGGUCUUUGGAGAUCCUGUAAUAUAGUGUCAAUAGGCCUGGCCCUUCUACAGCAACUCUGCCGUGGGCUUCAGAACUCUCUGGUGCAGCUCUGUCGUGGGCCUCAGAGCUCUCUGGUGCAGCUAAGCCAAGUGUUUAAGAGCUUUCUUGCAUCAGAAGGCCAUGGGACUCAAAGCUCUGUGAUGCAGUUCCACCGUGGGACCCAUACUCUUGUUUCUUUAUGCAGUUCCUACAAGGGCCUUAGCACUCUGUGAUUCUAGUCUGCAUUGGGCCUCGAGAUAUUCUGAAACAUGUGUUGAGCUUGUGCGCAUCCAUACUAGGUUGUCUUUGUAAAACACAACUAGAAACUAGUAAACUACACAUUUCCAUGUCACUGCAACGAGAAACAAACCAUACAACAUGUGGCUACAGUACUAUCUAUAGAACAAGGGUGGCAGGUAGCCUAGCGGUUAAGAACAUUGGGCCUGUAACUAAAAAGUCGCUGGUUCGAAUUCCCAAGCCGACUAGGUGAAAAAUGUUGAGGUGCCCUUGAGUAAGGCACUUAACACUAAUUGCUCUGGAUAAGAGCAUCUGAUAAAUAACUUAAAAGUAAAUUUAAGGAGCACUACAAUAUACGGUCAGGACUUGAAUGAUGCUUUACAAAUUCCACAAUUAAUUAUUUCAUUGACCAUACCAAAGAAAAACGGUAGUGGAAUAUGUGUGUGUCUCUACUAUAUUCAUAGCAUUUACAAUGAGUUAAGUGUGCUUCACCAGUCAAUCACUGAAAUGUAUAUGUUUUCACACAAGGGUUAGUCUAUGAAGUCACACAUUCUUAAUGUCAUAGAUGAACACUCCAUGAAUUCUCCAAAGGUACGUUUUGAGUAGAUAUGUUGGUAACACUUGACACCCAGCGUCAUAACACAUUAUGACCCCAUGAAACCUACCAUGGUAGUUAUUUUAUGGCUGGUAUAAAACCUACCAUGGUAGUUAUUUUAUGGCUGGUAUAAAACCUACCAUGGUAGUUAUUUUAUGGCUGGUAUAAAACCUACCAUGGUAGUUAUUUUAUGGCUGGUAUAAAACCUACCAUGGUAGUUAUUUUAUGGCUGGUAUAAAACCUACCAUGGUAGUUAUUUUAUGGCUGGUAUAAAACCUACCAUGGUAGUUAUUUUAUGGCUGGUAUAAAACCUACCAUGGUAGUUAUUUUAUGGCUGGUAUAAAACCUACCAUGGUAGUUAUUUUAUGGCUGGUAUAAAACCUACCAUGGUAGUUAUUUUAUGGCUGGUAUAAAACCUACCAUGGUAGUUAUUUUAUGGCUGGUAUAAAACCUACCAUGGUAGUUAUUUUAUGGAAGAUUAUGACAUGUAUAUAAGAGUGUCAAAUAACCCAAAAACUACCACACAAGGCAAAACAUUCCAUUACACCAUAGCCUACUUGUCAACAGUAUGUUUGUUAUUCAUUUUUAAAUUAACCAUAUACAAUUAUCAUUGUAAUUGCACACACAUUGAUGUCAGACAUGCGCCUACCCCAAUGCUCUGUUUCUGAUGACUGGGAUAAAUGCAGGAGCAGAUUUUAGGAGCAGGACAAGACACCCUCUUUGUGACUGAUGACUGACAUAAGGGCAUGUGCGUGAUAGGACUAUAUGGCUUAGAUGAUUAUGAUGGUAAUAAUGCUUCUUAACAGUGUCAUAAAGUGUAUUUUCUUAGUCCAAGUAAAGUGACAUAGGAUGGUCAUAAUGCAUUUGGACUGUUUCAUAAAGUGCAUUUUCUUAGUCCAAGUAAAGUGACAUAGGAUGGUCAUAAUGCAUUUGGACUGUUUCAUAAAGUGCAUUUUCUUAGUCCUAGUAAAGUGACAUAGGAUGGUCAUAAUGCUUUAUGAAAAGUUAUUUCAAAUAUUAUGAAAAAAAAAUGCAUGUAAAGUAUUCACAACAACAAAAAGGAAUUAAGAAACAAACUUUCAAAUGAAAGGACAUUUAUUGGCAGGGAAAAAACACAUUUGAAUACAUUUGGGUUUUGACACUAAGUGUCAUAACCAGACAAAAAAUAAUGCAAUAUGUCAGAAUAGGUGUAACUAUAUGGGCCAUGACAGUGUUAUGACCAUAUUAUGACAGGCUAUGACAAGUUUUGUCAGUUAUGAUAUAUUAUGACAUGGUUAUGACCAUCAAGUAAAGUGUUACUGAUAUGUUUUUUCAUGUUUCAUAAGUAAUUUUCUUGUCUGGAUUUAUACUUUACUUCACACAUUAUUCACAGAACAUUAGCUGCAACAGGUGCAUGUAUUUCAUAUGUCAAAUGAUUAAAGAUCCGUUUCAACACUGUGCUACAAUA